AUGGCAUCCGCCUGGUUACCUCCCUUGUUGCUCCUUCUCUUCUGCGGCCAGUCAAUCCCUGCUCACCUCCGCACUGCACAUCGACCAAUACGCUCCUACGCGGCAAUUGGGGACUCUUAUGCUUCAGGAGCAGGAGCAGGUACCCCUGGAUGGCCACCGUAUGCGGAUUUUCGGUGUGGCCGUUAUUCUGACGCAUAUCCCAUCCAAGUCGCCAACAACUCCCUGAUCAACAUCGACAAAGCGAAAUUCAAGCAUCUUGCAUGCGGCGGUUUGACUAGUACCGUCAUCCUGCGAGAUCAAGUCCCGUAUAUCGGCGACUCGGACCUUGUCACCCUGACAGCCAGUGGAAAUGAUGUCAACUUCUUUGUGGUUUUGAAUGAGUGCGUUUAUCAUUGGCAGCCAUCGAUAGGUUGUGAAGCCCAGCUUGUCAAGGCCAGAGAGAUCAUCGAGACCACUGCGCUUCUCAACCUGGAGAAUAUCAUCUCUGGAGCCGUUCAGCAUCUGAAACCUGGCGCACUCCUGAUGGUUACUGGCUAUGCCAGGUUUUUUAAUGAGGACACCGAUUAUUGUGACACUGCAACUUUCAGCCAAACCAGACCGUUGGACUACCUGACGAAGACCAAGAGAAGGGAACUCAACCAAUUAGUGAUGAUGUUAAACGACGUGAUCAAAGCGACGACAGAGCUUCAUGGCGCUGUUUAUCUGGACAUCGACGGUGCUUUUGAUGGCCAUCGAUUUUGUGAGCCUGGGGUUGAAGAACCAGAGAUUGAUCGAAGCGACACUUGGUUCUUCAACAUGCCACCACCUGAUAUUACACUCUCCCUCGUCGGGUCUGCGUCUCAAGAGUUUUUGGGUGAUGACGAGGGCAUGCCAGACCCUCAAGUCGUUCCUGAAUGGCCACAGAUAAAAAAGUGGAGAGUCUUCCACCCCACCGGACCAGGCCAUCAUGGUAUAUCAGAGGUGGUAGUGAGAGAAAUCCUGCGCCGCUCGAGCCCAGAUCGCCGUGAGUAG